UGCACUUUAUACAUGCAGCAACGGUGCAAGGAGACCCGGCGAAGAUGCGUGCAAGCUGCGGUUGGACGCGCUGCUCGGCGUGUUUCGCCCUCCACAAUGGGUGGUUGCAACCGGCUUGGCCGCGAGGCUAGAACUCCUUUCCGUCCAGUCGCAGUAUUUCCAUUCUUUAAAAGCGCUGGCUCAAAACCUCCAAUCGCCGAGGAGCCCGUGUCUCAGCAGAAGCAGCAACAACAACACCCUCACCAGCGAUGCCAUCACCACCAUCAUCACCACAAGUUUGACCUGCCGCUUGCGGUCGUGCUGGCCGGCGCUGCCUUCGAGUCGUUCCUGCAGCCCAGGGCGGCUUCCAUCAACGCACCCUGGGCGGCCCCACCGUCACCUACACCGACAAGUCCUUCCUCACGCAAACCCACUACGGCGUGCUGCACGUGCAGCUGCUGUCCGCCUCCAACCUGCGCCCCGCCGACCCGGGCGGCGCCUCCAACCCGUACCCGUACUGCUGCAGCUGGGCGCAUGCAGCGUGCGGUCGGCGACGGUGUGGGGCAGCCAGGAGCCGAGAUGGGGGGAGGGGGAGGCGCACUGCCUGUAUGUGAGAGACCCCCGUACGGAGGUGUUGCGGGUACGACUGUACGACGAGGACCCCGGGCCCAAGAGCGACGACGAGCUGGGGACCGCCAUGAUGUGGCUGGGGGGGCUGCUGGAGGCGCUGGAGGGGCAGGGGCAGGGGGCUGGAGGGGAGGCGCGAACGGUGACGCUGCCCCUCAGAUGAUGGUGCACAAGGGCUUCCUGGACGCCUACGACAGCGUGCGGGCCACUGUGUUCGCCCUGCUGGAUGCCAUAACCACCAGCAGCAGCGCCAGCACCGGCAGCAGGAGGCGGAGGCGGGUGGCGGAGGCGGGGGCGGAGGCGGGUGGCGGAGGCGGGGGCGGGGGCGGAGGCGGAGGCGGCGGCCCCCGUGUGGCGGGUGCUGCUGACUGGGCACUCGCUAAGCGGUGCGCUGGCAACACUGGCGGCGUAUGAGCUGGCGGAGAGGAGGACCCCCGCCCGCUCCCGCCAGUCCAUCAGCCUCUACACCUUCGGCGCCCCCCGAGUGGGCAACCGGGCCUUCGCGGCAGAGUUCGACCGGCUGGUGCCUCGACGCGUGGCGGGUGACCAACAGCAAUGACAUCAUACCCAGAUGGUGGUGUGGGAGGGACGAGUUAAGAGGUUGUUGUUGUACGGCACACGCAUGCUGGUUGUUGUCGGUUGCCGGGGCGGUUGGGGGAGCAGAUGUUGAUUAAGUUGGAGACGUUGAUGCUGGGUGCUGACGUGAAGGCGCUGGGGAAGCGCUGAGGACGGGUGGCGGGACGGUGGAACGAGGCGGUCGACAGGGAGUAGGAAGUUGGUGUCGAUGCGGUAACCCAGUAAGGCGGGGGGGAGGAAGAAGUGGGCGCUGUGCGUUUCUUGGGU